GACAAAUCUCAAAAGUAGUUACAUUAAAGGUGCACUAUGUAGUUUUGGGGAAGAUAUUUUAAUCAGAAGAGAAAGAUCUUCAUUGACCGCUUUUUAAAAAAAACUAUAUUCACUUUUUGUUUAUGUGGCGGACCCUGCCACCUCUCUAGUUUCACACAGUGUUCUGGGGAUCUUAUAUUCCUCUAAGAACUGCUUGUUUAUAUAGCUAAAUAUUUCUGAGUUUGGAUUAUUACAUCAUGAAUAUUUUAAAAACUAAAAUUCUGAGUUUUAGUCUCCUCUCCAAAACUACACAGUGCCUCUUUAAGGUGUACAUUAGCUAAAUCUGAACGUUAAUACCUUUACUGAAAAGUUAGCAACCUGAUGCUAAGUGGCUAGCUUGCAACGCGUUUGUGUGAAAUAAGAGACAAGUGUUAAAUAAAAGGUGUGGUUAAUUUGCGACAUGCCAAAGUGACACGGCAGAACAUUCGUGUAAAAACAUAUUGUGAGCUGAACAGGAGGGUCAGGAGAAUAGAGUCCUCUCGGUCAGUCAUCAAGCUCUGAAGUGGACCAGGGGCUGAAAUGUUGGAUUGGCCCCAGAGCCCCCAGCUACACACACAGCAGCACAUCAGCUCAUCUGAUGGUCCUCAGUCUGCCUCAGCCCGGUUCACAGGACCAGAUUCAGCGGCGAAAUGCCCCCCAAAGAGCCACAGCUGAUUGGACUACAAGCUCUGCCAGCAGCUAAAUGAGAUUCUAGGAUGGAAAUGUUGCUGAGGGGAAACCUGAGGAGGGGAGUGGCGCUCUGCCUGCUGCUGCUGGCUCUCCUGCACGAGGCCUCGGGCCAGAGAAGGAAGACAGGACGCAGGAACAACUACAGGCUGCAUGACGAUGGAGGAAAUGGUCUAACAUGUUCACUUGAAGUGGCCUUCAUCCUGGACAGCUCAGAGAGUGCCAAAAUAUUCCUGUUUGAGAAGCAGAAGGCCUUCGUGUUGAGCUUCAGCACCCGCCUCGCUAUGCUGCAGGUAGCCGGCUGGACGCUGAAGGUGCGAAUGGCUGCACUUCAGUACAGCAGCUCUGUUUCCAUAGAGCACCGAUUCUCAGCCUGGAGAGACUUGGAUUCAUUUCACGGUCGAGUCAGCACCAUGAACUACAUCGGCCACGGCACCUACACAACCUACGCCAUCACCAACGCCUCCCAGCUGCUGGUGCAGGAGACGCCGGCGGACAGCGUCAGGGUUGCAGUGCUGAUGACCGACGGGGUCGACCAUCCCCGCAACCCUGAUGUGAUCGCAGCUGCAGCCGAGGCCAAAGGUCACGGCAUAAAGUUCUUCGCUGUGGGUUUAUCAGACAUCGCCCAGCAGAGUCAGAAUAACGCCAAGCUCCGCGCCAUCGCCAGCACACCUGCUCAGCAGUUUGUCCAGAGUCUGCUGAAUCCUCAGCUAGAGGAGAAGCUGCUCAAAGAGAUGGCUGCAGUCGCAUUUGAAGGCUGUCCACAGGCUCAAGUCUGUUUGUGUGAAAGAGGAGAGAGGGGCCCUCCAGGAAGUCCGGGUAGAAAAGGGGACCAAGGCUUCAGAGGGUCACCUGGUCAGAAGGGAGCGAGGGGAGAACCCGGCUUGAACGGACGACCUGGAAAUGACGGCCCAGAGGGUCGACCAGGUUAUAAGGGCAACAAGGGGGAGAGAGGAGACUGUGGCACUCCUGGUGAAAAGGGUGACAGUGGACCAGAGGGACCUCCAGGCCAGCGAGGACCCAAAGGAGAAGAGGGUGCAUUAGGACCACCAGGAGACAUGGGUCCUGAGGGUCCAGCAGGACCGAAAGGAGACAGAGGACCCCCUGGUUCUUCUGGACCACCGGGGGACAUUGGUAUCGGUUUCCCAGGAGCAAAGGGUGAAAAAGGCAUCCAGGGAAGAGCAGGUCCCAUCGGCCCUGUUGGGAUCGGAGAACCAGGACUGCCAGGCCCCCCAGGACCUCCAGGUGCACAAGGAAACUCAGGACCACCUGGAGACGGGUUUCCAGGUCCGAAGGGUGAUCGAGGAUACGAGGGUCCGAGGGGCAACCGAGGACUUCCUGGUGUUGGGGUCAAAGGUGACAAGGGCAGUCAGGGCCCGCCGGGGCUCACAGGUCCGGUUGGUGCUCCUGGUCUGGGACUUCAAGGAGAAAAGGGCGAUCAAGGCCCAGUUGGACCCGCAGGCCCCAGAGGACUCCCAGGUAUUGGAAUAACAGGACCAAAGGGGAACCAGGGACUCCCAGGUGAAGUUGGACUGCCAGGUGAGAGAGGUGUGGGAGAACCAGGACCCAAAGGUGACCCAGGAGCUGAGGGGUUACCAGGUAUACCUGGUCCGCCAGGAGAGGAUGGAGCCCCGGGACUAAAGGGUGACAUUGGGUUACCGGGGCCGAGAGGAGCUGUCGGCGCCUCUGUUAAAGGCACACCUGGAGAACGGGGACCCCCAGGGGAGAGAGGGUCCAGAGGCCAGCCCGGUGCGGUCGGUCCAGUCGGGCCAAUGGGGGCAAAGGGGGAACCAGGAAUUAUUGGGCCACCAGGAAAAACGGGACCACCAGGGAAGGGUAUACCUGGUGCCAAGGGAGAACUAGGUCCACGAGGUCCACCUGGAGCUGUGGGAGAGUCAGGGAUUGGCUUACCUGGGCCCAAGGGAGACAGAGGAGCCCCAGGGCCCACUGGGUCACCUGGACUGAAAGGUGACGGAUACCCCGGUCCUCCAGGACUUCCAGGGCCUCCGGGUCUGAUAGGAGAGAUGGGAUCGGAUGGUGUUGGUUUACCUGGACCAAAGGGAGACAGAGGCUUGCCCGGACCUCCUGGACCUGCAGGACCACCAGGGAUUGGCCUUCUCGGUGCAAAGGGUGCCGUCGGCCGAACAGGACAACCUGGUCCACCAGGGUCACCUGGUGAAGGCAUCCAAGGACAAAAGGGGGAGCCUGGAUUUCAGGGGAUCUCCGGCCCCAGAGGUCCUCCUGGACAAGGUCUGCAGGGGGACAAGGGGGAUCGAGGGUUCAGAGGUGAAAAAGGCAAAAAGGGAGAUAAAGGAGAGCCUGGAGAGACCGGAGCCAUCGGACCAUUGGGCAGAAUGGGACAAAAAGGAGAGCCUGGACUCACAAGAGAUGAAAUCAUCAAAAUAGUGAGAUCCAUCUGCAGUUGUGGAGUGACGUGCCGCCAAACACCCUUGGAGCUCGUGUUUGUGAUCGACAGCUCCGAGAGCGUCGGCCCCGACAACUUCAACGUGAUCAAAGACUUUGUGAACGCCCUGAUCGACCGAGCCUCGGUCAACAGGGACACCACGCGGGUGGGGGUGGUCCUUUACAGCCACAUCAACAUGGUGGUGGUCAGCCUCAGACAGGAGGCCAAUCGAGAUGAGAUCAAGUCUGCCGUGCGUUCCAUGACCUACCUGGGCGAGGGUACGUUCACGGGCAGCGCCAUCCAACAGGCCAACCAGGUGUUCAAGGCGGCUCGGGCAGGUGUGAGGAAGGUGGCCAUCAUUAUCACAGACGGGCAGGCCGACAAGAGGGACGCGGUCAGUUUGGAGAGCGCGGUGUCGGAAGCUAAAGGAAGUAACGUGGAGAUGUUCGUGAUCGGGGUGGUGAAUGAGAGCGAUCCGCUGUACGAGGAGUUCAAGAAGGAGAUCAACCUCAUGGCCUCUGACCCCGACAACAACCACGUGUUCCUGAUCGAUGACUUCAAAACUCUUCCAGCUCUGGAGAGGAAACUGCUGAGUCAUAUCUGUGAGGAUGGAGAAAGACAUUUGUUCAGCUCCAUCCCGAACUCCAGACUGCCUCCAGGAAUCCCAGAGAUCUCCAGUAACGUUCGAGAACCUCCGUACAGGGUCGAUACAGACACACCCACUUUCACAGGAGACUUCAGGAGAGUCCAGAUGAUGCCCGGCCCUCCAGCGUCAGUCCCUGACAGAGAACCCGUAACUCCACAGAGACCCCCGACCCCCGACGACAGAUCCUCCUCAGAAAUUCAGAGAUUUCCACUGUUCGACAGGGAGCCCUUCAGACCUGUAACCGAGUUCAUGCCACAGUUUGACAUGCAGGACCCCACGAACCACGUGGUGAUGACGGGAGCCAUCGGGCCGGCGGGUCCCACUCUGAAGACCCCGUCUGAGGAGAAGAUACCAGCACCACUACCGCCGACUCCUGCACUGAAGCCUACAGACACCCGCGGCUCAGCAGAGCGCUGCAGUCAACCCCUGGAUCCAGGACCUUGCCGGGAGUACGUGGUGAAGUGGUACUACGACGCCGCAGCCAAUUCCUGCGCUCAGUUCUGGUUCGGAGGCUGUCGAGGAAACAGCAACCAGUUCGACACCGAGAAGGAGUGCAGAAAAACCUGCGUCAAGGUCUAAACGUGCACAACGUGCCUGUAGUCAUGAACACAAUGCUCAAAAAAACAACAUGGUGCUGAGACUUCACGCCAUGAAGUUCACCUCAAGUUCAGUGCCUUAGUAUUUUACUUGUAGCUACUCUGACAUGGAUAGGGAAAAUGAACAGCAACUGCUCUAAAAGAGGCUUCAGUAAACCACAUUAACCUAAAAUGUAGUUAAAGGUUUAAAUUGUUCAGUAGGCCAUGUACUAUUAAAUGUGUUUUGUUUUUUUUUCCUGUUGGCCAUUGUGUUAAUCAAUCAGAACGAUGUCUGUAAUGUUACUGACACUGUCGAGCAGUUGUGUUGAAAAUAAAACAAACUUUGUAACCACUAA